UUCACUCCAUCCACAUCCACAUCCACCCAUAAACAUCAGCACUUCCUACCAAGAUAAACAAUACAUUCGACACUCGACCUUCGACCUUCGAUCUCCGACCUCUUCAUGUCCUUGAUAACCUCUUAGGUAUUUGCCAGCUUUAGGUCCUUUUCGGUAUCUUGUUUGUUCAGUCGUUCAACUUCUUCAGUUUCGUGUACAAUUCCAAAAAAAAAACCCCCCGAGUUCAAUUCUUCAUCUGUCAACAAAGUCGAUAUAUCACAACCCCAUUCUUUAUAUCGUCGAUUACACGUUGGGAUCUAUCGAAGAUUCAAUACAUCUUCAUCGACCCACCAUCAUCCUCUCCACAACACUCCACACAUAAUAGUUAAUACAACAACACAUCGUCAAAUAUGCCAGUUAGUCGAGCAACUAGUCGUAGGGCUCCUACAAAUGAGAACGAUGAGAACGUAGCUGGUGUCACGACCCGUCUUACUAGAUCUAAAUCUGCAGCAUUUACUACGGAAGAAGUUACCGGUGCCGUCAAGAAGCCACUUGCAACCAAGAAAUCAACUACCACUGCACAGCCGGCCCGAAAGCGGGCAGCCUUGGGAGAUGUUAGCAAUGUUGCCAAGGGAGGAGAUGCAGUCGAGGCAAAGAAGCCUGCUGCUAAGAGCGGACUAGUUUCGAAAGCUUCACAACCAACUGGCGUCACCAAGAAUAGUACACGAUCAGCCCUCGGAGCUAAGGAUACAAACAAGAAGUCGUUGAGUAAGGCUGCUGGAUCUGGAGUAAUGAAGAGAAAGACCACUGCUGCUUCGAUAGCUGCUGCGGUAAAGGAAGAAGCUCCCGUCGAAGACGAACAACCAUCCCGAAAGAAGGUUCACAUUGAAGCAGAAAAGCAAACUAAGGUUGUCGUUGAAGAAAAGGAGAAUGAGGUGGAGGCAGAGGCUGUCGUUGAGCCGGAGCCAAAGGAAUCCGUCAGACUUGAGUUUGCCGAAGGUGUACGCGACUUGGAUGCUGAAGACACCGAUGACCCUUUGAUGGUGGCUGAGUAUGUCGUUGAAAUCUUCGAAUACUUGAAGAAGUUGGAGAUUGCUACCAAACCCAAUGAAAAGUACAUGGCACAUCAAGAAGAUCUGGAGUGGAAGAUGCGUGGCAUUCUCGUCGAUUGGCUCAUUGAAGUUCACACACGCUUUCACCUCCUCCCAGAAACCUUGUUCCUUGCCGUCAACAUCAUCGACCGCUUCCUUUCCACCAAAGUUGUUCAACUCGAUCGUCUUCAGCUCGUUGGUGUUACUGCAAUGUUCAUUGCUUCUAAGUACGAAGAAGUCCUCUCACCUCACGUCGCCAACUUCCGUCACGUCGCCGAUGAUGGAUUCACUGAAGCAGAGAUCCUUAGUGCCGAGCGUUAUGUUCUUAGUGCUCUCAACUAUGAUUUGAGCUAUCCCAACCCAAUGAACUUCUUGAGACGUAUCUCCAAGGCAGAUGACUAUGAUAUCCAGACCCGCACUUUGGGCAAGUACUUGAUGGAAAUCAGUCUCCUUGAUCAUCGAUUCAUGAAGUAUCUCCCUAGUCACGUCGCUGCUGCAUCCAUGUAUCUCGCCCGCCUCAUUCUCGAGAAAGGUGAAUGGGACCCAAUGUUGACUCACUACUCUGGUUACAGCGAGGAUGAGAUUGAGCCUGUCUUCCAAUUGAUGGUUGAUUACCUUGCUCGUCCUGUUACUCACGAGGCAUUCUUCAAGAAGUAUGCUAGCAAGAAAUUUUUGAAGGCUUCAAUUCUUACCAGAUCAUGGGCCAAGAAACAUGCCUCCCUUUAUGGUAUUGACGUUACCCAACCUUUAGAAUCUUCAUAGAACAUAUGAUACUUAAUCAUAUUUACUACCUUCAUCGUGCUCUUCCCUGGAUACACCCUUUGCAUUUUAAUUGGUUGGGAUACGAAAUGGUACUUACGACGGAUGAUCUUAUGGAUUCGACUACCAAUAUACCACACACAAUCCUGGUCUAUAAUGGUUCGACUUUGGUUUAUGUCGAUGCUUCUCGAGGCGUUGAGUGAUAUCUUUCUUGUUGUCUUUGGUUUGGUGCAUGCUCUUUUUUUUUUAACAUAAAUUGGCGUUUGGGUCUGUACGCAAAUGGAUCUUACAGUAUUGGCGUCUGGGAAACUGAUAUCGUCUUCACAAAUUGCUUCACGUCUUGCAGCAAACAUUCUGGCUACAAGCAUAUAGCAGAACAUCACUGGCAGCUGCGCUCUAUUGCUGUCAUGAGUUGUGAAAGCAGGAAAAGGGUAUUAUUUCUUGUGUUGAUUACAUGAGAUAGCUUUUGUAAAUAUAUUCUAGGCGCAAUGAUAAACACUAAAAUUAUAAAAAUAAAUAUGAAUGAACUAUA